UAUAUAUAUGAUUUAUAUAAUAAAUUGAUACCCAAAACCGGUGGUAUCCGACUCGAAACUCGAACCGAAAUUUACCAAGUACCUAUUGGAUAGAGAAUUCAUUUAUCUGAAACACUCGGACCCGAAUAGAUUUUACCCGUACCCGAUCCGAAUAUCCGAAGUCCCCGGCCUAAUCGAACUACCCAAAAUAUUGAACUGAUCAAUCAAACUUAACUGGAGGAGAUUUGGGCCGAACCAAUGUGGCGUCUACGGAAAAGUAAAAAUGAUUUAAUAUUUCCAAUGGAUGGUUUAAAUGCAUCCAUGAUGCUAGUUUUGAGAUGUAAAAGCUCAUGUGGGAUAAGAUCUAUGAAGACUAUGUGAUAGAAAGGUCUUCUUCUUUAAUGUUUUGUAUCUACCAUCUUUUGAAAUUGAUGUUUUAAAGUAUCACUCUGCAUGUUCAAUAAUUCGAACAAAUUUUAGGAUUUUUGUCUCUUUCUUCUUUCUGUCAUAAUCUAUUUGUUAAUCAUUUUCAAAGUGUCUAAUAUAACGUAUCGAAACCAGAGUCAAAGAACAGUAUGAUUCAACUUGAAGCGCAGAACCACUAGAUUGAAUUGCCAACCAAGAUCAUCAAUGUUAUGAAGUUCUUUAUUAAAGCCAACUAGAUGCAUUAUUAGAAUACAAUAAACCAGAGAGCGCAUAACGAUAACAACAAGGCUGCAUCAGGAACUCUGGCUAACCUUGCGUCCAGUUAGCUUCGCUGACUCGAACAACAUGUGAUUGAUGAGUCCCCGAGAAGCACUGCCAAAUACCAACAUAAAACUUUUCUGAGUCAAUGCAAACUUUCCAGAUAGACAUAUACAUGAUAGAAUCCCAAGAGUGCAAUGUGUGAGAAUCAUCAAACUUAUGCCUCAAUGAACAAGACCGAACAAGUUGUAGCAUUCACUAGAGGCUUAGGGAGGAAACUAAGACCUAUUCAUCUUUUAACUUCUGAAUCUUCUUGGGGUCUGUCUCAUUCAUGUGUUUCUUAAAUUGCUGCCUCACCAUGCCAAGCACAAGCUCAGUGUUUUGUUGCUGCAAGGCACAAACGAGUUAACAGAAAAAAAAAAAAAAGUUCAUAUCCCAAGCCAACUCUAGGCAGAAAAGCCAAAUCUUUCUAACUGAAUCAAAAUAGAAGUGAUGAUAUAAUAUCAAUCUCAAACUCUUACGGCUGCAUGAUAUCGAUACAAAUGCUCCAAAGAAAAGCUCUCAAUAUUUUGCUUUAUGCUAUCUUUGUACAGAAAAUCGAUUAUCAAGAUUGGAGAAAAAGAAAAGAUGGGAAUGAAGAAGGCAGCGGAACUGGAUUUAAAAGACCAAUGAAAGUAUUCAAACCAAGUAGACGGAGACGGAGAGAGACAUACAAAAAGAUCAAAUCUCUACUGGCGAGAUGACCUGAGCAUGAGAUAGACGGAGUCAGGGAGAGAAACAGGGCAUUCAACAGUGAGAGCUUCGGAUUUUCAGAUUUCAAACUCAGUUCAGGUCAAACAUAAACGGGCCGAAGUCAUUGUUUGUGUUACCAACGGUUCAUUCAGUUCCAUUCCAAUUCCCGCCUACAUCAUAAAUAUCAACCGUUAAACUUAUCUCGCCUCCCAUUCUCAUUUUUUGUUGAAUGAAAGAAUAUUUAAAAGUAACAAAUAUUUUUAUAAAAUAUUUUUUUAUCAAUAAAUCAUUUGUAAAAAAAAAUAUUUCUUACCUUUUCUAAAUAUGACUUCACAACCGUCACCUCAAGAAAGCGUCUAGACAAGACUAAUGCAUCUUUCCUUUAAGUUUGUGUCGUUGUCUUUUUUGUGCUGUUUGAGUUUUUCCGCAGGUAAGGCCUCUUUUCUCCUGUGUUUCAUUGUACCGAACUAUUCUUCAAACGUUGAACCUAAAUAAAUUGAUGAGAAGAAUUCACUGUUUCACAAAUAAUUAUUCCUUACUUAAUUCAGCAUAUUUCUUUUGAAAUUAGUCUCCCAGAAAUCUACAUUUUUAAGAAAUAUAUCUUUUCUCCAAAAGAAAGAUAUAAUUUCGAUUUCAAAUUUCAAAAAAAUAUGCAUUUCCCUAAAAUAAAUUUAACAAUUAUCAUACAACUACAAUAAAAGCCCAAUGAAAAACAGUUUUUAGUUUACCUUUGUUUUGGUGUUCAAACAAAAAAAAAACAAAAGUUCACCCUAGUUUAUAUCGUUAUUAGCUCAGAAAUCACUACUAGAAGAAGAUGGUGAUGAUAACCGACCUUACAUUUGAUCUUGAAAAGAAGAUACUCGCCCUUGUUCCGAAAGAGUCUCGACCACAUGCAUGGCAAACUAUUUGCAAGAGAUGGUACGCUGUACGCCAAGAUCUACUCUCCAAGAAACACUUGGCUCGAACAGGAAGAGAGUUCAUCUUAUUGUUGAAUACUAAUGUUUUUUCAACAACCAUCAACCUCGAGGGAGUCCAUAACAACGUUGAUCCAGUGAUGGAUUUCGGAGGUAAACUUGGAUCUUUACAAGAUUCAAAUGAUUUACAAAUACAUGAUAUUUUCUACUGCAAGGGGUUAGUGCUAUGCACUAUGGUGGGAAAACAAAUGCUCGUGGUUUGCAACCCUAGUAACCGUGAAACUAGGUAUGUCGAACCUAGAACAAGUCAUGACUGUUUCGAAUAUGCUCUUGGAUACAAAGGCAGCAAGGCUUCUUGUGUUAAUAGCUACAAGAUCUUGAGGUAUUGUCGUUAUUUCGACAAGCAAGCGAUGCGUACGGUUUCUGAGUUUGAACUGUAUGACUUCAUGUCUGACUCAUGGAGGGUUUUAGAUGUUGAUGAGCACGAUUGGGAAAUAUCUGCUCGUGGCGUCUCUGUGAAAGGAAACACUUACUGGGUUGCUAAAGAGAAUGAAGACCAGUUCAUACUCAGUUUUGAUUUCACAAGAGAGAGAUUUGGGUUUCUCCCUCUUCCGUAUGAGAGUGCUGGUCCUGAAGAUUCCAUGAAUGAUGAGUACGACGAUACAGCUGUUCUGUCAGUUGUUAGAGACGAACAACUCUCAGUGUUACAUCAGUAUCUUCAUUUGGAUUUAUAUGAGAUGAAGAUAUGGGUGAGCAACAUGAUUGGCACCAAAAAGGUGUCGUGGGGCGAGUUCUUGGUAGUGGACGUGGUGUUGUUAAAUGUUGUUAGCUUCGUGGUUGACGAGGAGCAUAAAGUGGCAGUGUGUUGUAGUACAGGCAAGGAUGAUCCUAGUGAUGAUAGUGAAGAAGAAUGCACCAGCAUUUCAAUUAUUGGAAAGAAUAUACAAAGUCUUGUUUAUGAUGAAGGGGCUAUACAUGGAUCAUGGCCACAUCUCAUCAAUUACGUUCCAAGCCCGGUUCAAAUUUUAAGGAAGAGUACGCGCAAAAGCAAAAGGAAACGAACUACAAGGAGCUUUAACAGGCAUCAACCGGAGGAGGGCACUUCUGCAAGAAGCGUUGAGGAAACAAAAGUGACACCCAAUGCAAAACCUAAAGCACGUCGAAGUUUCUAGGGUUGCUUUGAAUGUCCCAAAAUGGUUUAGGAAAUGAAAGUGAAACCAGACCUAAAGCACAUCGAAGUUCUCUUGCUGUUGCUUUGAAUGUCGCAAUGAUUUCUAUCUUUUCUUCUUUUUUUUUUUGGACAAUCCCAAAUGUUGUAAUAAAUUGAAUGCAUAUUGAAGUUUAUUAUCUUAUUUUUGUAAGAAUAACUUUAAUGAUUUCUAUUUGAACAAAAAAAAACUUUAAUGAUUUCUAUUAUGAAAUAAAAUAUGUCCAAGACCAUAUUCUAGUUUAAAUUAAUUCAACCCUAAUGAUUUCUAGAGAAGAUAGAAAGGACUAACCUUGAUCCAUGCUUGGAUGCAAUUCCACCAAUUGAUCUUCUCCCCAUUAAUCUUCUCUUUGGUGAUUUCCUUGAUGGAUAAGAAAUCCCAAGCCUUCCUUAAUCUCUCCUUUUAAUAAAUAUUAUUGUUAUGUGUCUUAGAAAGACUCUCACUUACAUACGAACAAAAUUAUGUACGAGUCAUUUUUGUAUAUAAUCAAAGGAUGUGUCUUAACCAACACAACUCUUCCACACAACUACAACACAACACUUUGUUAUUUUAACCGCACAAGUGCAUUAUAAUGUAUCAUCAUAUGUAUAUUAAAUCUUACAGUAAUAUAUUCUAUUAUUAUUACUAUGAGUAAGAAACAAACCUGCGCAUUCACACAAGUAUUUAAAUUCUUUACUAAAAAUUAAAAUAUUUUUUUUAAUGGCUAACAAAUUUUAUUAAUAAAAUUUAAGAUUACAAAGUCAACAUCCAGAACUUCCAAACAAAAUUAUUACAUAAGCAAAUAUAUGCGUCAUAUGCUGAGAAAAUAUAACAUGGAAAGUGAUUUUAACGAUGCUUUACAAAAGAAAGAAAAACCAAUCCGUUAUUUCCUUCCCAUGAUAUUAAUAAAAUGUAUACAUAUAAUCUACCAAAAAAUAAAACAAAACAGUAAUUUGUUAAUAAUUUCAUUUAAAAUUAUAAAUAAAAAGACCAAUGAUGACAUUAUAUUAAUGGAAAAAAAUCUUGGAUAUGAAGAGAAUAUUUAAUACAGUAAACAUUUUCACCUCUAUAAAUAUAAAAGAGUGUUCACAGAUUAAAUACAGAUGACUGGUAUAGAGAUAUAAUGUUAAAGAAAUAGAGUGUCUCACAAAUUGCAUAUAAUUUCUAUACAAUUUAUUAGGUUUGCCAAGAUAUAAUUAUCAAAGACAAAUGGUAAAUUAUAAGACACAUUUAAGAAAAAGAGAAUGAUGUGACUAUUCUAAGAUAUGUAACUACUUAGAUGAAUGGAUGCCUUAACUUUUAACUUUUAAUUUCAUUUUAAAAAUAAAUAAAUUUAAAACAUUUGAUUGAAAAGUUUCCAAUAGAAAAUCAUGAUAUGCAAAUUUAAUAGUAGGGAUCCCCAUACUUUAACACAAAAAUACGAAAGAAUUAUAUCAUGAUUAGGUAAAAAAACAGCAGGCGCAUGAAAUAUUAUAUAAUGG